ACGUGUUCGCCCGGUUACGCUCCCGGUGUCCAGGGGGCGAUAUUGCGCUUUUAAACACACUUAACCUGAGGGAGACGAGAAGAAGGUUGAACUGCGCGCGCGCUGCAGACUCAGAGAUGGCGGGGAGCGGAGUUUCAGUGGGAUCUGAAUCCCUCCAGCUGUAUGAAGCACAGUUCUUCGGCUUCACCCCAGAGACCUGCACCGUACGAGUUCGCGAUGCAUUUCGAGACUCCCUCAAUCACAUAUUGGUGGCUGUUGAAUCGGUGUUCGUGAAGAGAUUGUGUCCUGGCCAGGAACCACCAGCGGAACUCAGACUGACAGCCCGAGAGAGCACCCAAAAACUGCGGCAGUUCUUACAUGAGCGCUUUGAAAUCAUGUUUCAGCGCAUGAAGGGGAUGCUGAUGGACCGCGUCCUGUCCAUCCCUCACAACGUCCUGCUGCCCGAUGACCAGCUGCACCAGAAGUACCCAGAAGGCAAAGAAGACCUCAUGAAGCUGCAGGACUCCAUUGCCAAUCUGCUGCAGGCUUAUGAAGCUGAGGUGUGCGCCAAGCAAGCGCUUCUCGCUGAACUUGAGGAGCAGAAAGAAACUCAGAAACAACUGGAUGAAGUGCUGAGAUGGAUCGAGGAACUGCGAAUUUCAUGGAGGCGAGAGGGAAUGGGAAAUGUCCAAGACGGCAUUCGACACAUGAUGGAGACUGUGGGUCAACUGCAGGAAGUUGUAGGAAAGAUUAACAAGCGAAAUAAAAACCUGGAUGAAGUUUGAUGGUUGAUUUGCAAUAAGUGAGACCUCCAUACCAUACAAGCGCUGUGCUGAUAUUGCAUGAUCCAUCCACCAGGGGGAGGCAAUGCACAAUCUAUCUGGUACAAUUACUUUAACAUACAAGUGCCAAGAUCAGUCUAGCUUCAAAGAAAUCCAUUUGUAAUCAGGUGAUUUUCCUCAGACAUUUGAAAUGCAGUCCAUCUCUCCUUCCUCAAAGUCAUUGGGUUUUCUCAUUUACGAUUCGGUGCCUUUGAUGUUCUGUACAGUGAGAUCUGCAUUAGAUUAGCCCAAAUGUCUCACAGGCCCAAACUGAUGUGUCCAACAGCCUGGAUGGCUUUACACUUGACAGAAAGUUUCAUGUUGUUUCCCUUGAAGUCCAGCGGAGAAAGAUUUUAAGUUCAUUUUGAGUUGUACAGGACUUUAUCGCCCCGGAGGAAUGCCUACAUUUUGUACAUAGUCUGAAUCUAAAUUACAGUACAUGGAUUGAGUUGCUAAGCGCAAAUGUCAGUUUGUAAUAAAUGUAAUAAACUAAUAUGCUCGUUUUGUUCGUACUGUAAAUAGCAAUAAAAAUGUUUGUGUUUGCAUGAUA